AUGUCGACGAAUGGUAACACGAAUGACCAUGCUCGAUUCGAUCGAGCUGUGGAAGAAGCAUUUUUUCUUCUUGAUCGCGACCACAAUCGUUCGAUUGGUCCUGAAGAUUUUUGUGCGAUAGCAAGAUCGAUUGGAAUCGAAUUAGAUCCCAACGAAGCCUUAUUACUUGUUCGUACUGCAUUAGGCGAACAAACUGAUGAGGCGACCCGUGAAACAACGCUUACUGUUGAUCAAUAUGUAACAUUGAUGCUUCGUCAUGUUGGCUCGACUGAAUUGAACGACGAAUUACGUCGAACAUUUGAUGCAUUAGAUCGAGAUCACGAUGGACGCAUUUCUCGUGAAGAUGUCGAUCGACUUCGUCGUGAAAGCGACUUUUUUGAUCAUCUCGAUGAUGAACAAUACGAUUUAAUCAUUAAAGAACUACUCUCACAUGGAACCAAUGGAAUUAAUUUUGAUCAAUUUGUAAAAUUAAUGAUGCAAUAG